UGCCUGCCAGCCUGCCUUGGCCUUCUUUCCCUUUCUGUCCCAAGUGGGAGGAGCUCUCAGGGCUGGCUCAGCCAAGCAGAAAGGGGCAACACCAGAAGCUUUCAAAAGUGUCGGGGUCCCAAGGAGGAGGUCGCCAGAAGCAGGAAAGAGCUGCUUGGAGAACUUGCAGUGGCUGAACCGUCCCUGCUGGAAAAGGGACUUUGCUGUUACUUUUCAAAGAGUGCUGAAAUCCUGGAGAGGAGAGGAACACGAGUCUUCAAUAGCCAGCUGAAAGGAAUACUCUUUUCCCAGCAAAGCGAGAGAGGCGAGAAGGGAGGGGAAAGCAGCCAAAGCAAAGCCCAAAUCCGGAGAGGGAGCUGACCACCCUCCGUGGUGCUGAAACGUCCCACCGCUUUGGGAGAAUGUUGGAAGGCUUCUGAAGCACUUUUGGCCACUUCUGUUCCCUAUCAGGAUCGAAUCCGAAGUCCUCAAGCCUAUCCUCUUCAGUAGGGUUAAAGGGAUGGCCAAGCUUUAUACCAAGCCCAAAGAGAUGGCUGACCUUAUAUCUUCUCAGCCCUGGAUAGAUGACGCUCUCAGUUCCCAAGAUGAGAUGAAGGAGGAAGACAGCAGACAAACACCGUAUGGGAUUCUUGCUAGCCUCAAUGAAAUUGAACAUGACAGCAUUGAGGAAGAAGAGGAGGAAGAAGAUGGUGGGAAACCAAAGAGAAGGGGCCCAAAGAAGAAGAAGAUGACCAAGGCAAGGCUGGAGCGGUUCAGAGCUCGCCGGGUGAAGGCUAACGCACGGGAACGAACCCGCAUGCACGGGCUGAAUGAUGCUUUGGAUAACUUGAGGCGUGUGAUGCCCUGCUACUCUAAGACCCAGAAGUUGUCCAAAAUUGAGACACUGAGACUAGCCAGGAACUACAUCUGGGCUUUGUCAGAAGUACUGGAAAGUGGACAGACUCCAGAAGAUAAAGGUUUUGUGGAUAUGCUGUGCAAAGGUUUGUCCCAACCAACCAGUAACCUGGUUGCUGGUUGUCUGCAGUUGGGACCUCAGUCCCUUUUCUUGGAGAAACAUGAGGAGAAAGCACCCAUUUCUGACUCUGUGAUGCCCGCUCACAGUUUUUCCUAUCAGUCUCCAGGGCUGCCCAGUCCACCCUAUGGGAAUAUGGAAAACCAUCUUGUCCAUCUAAAGCCGCCAAGCUUUAAAAGCCUAGUGGAGCCUUCCUUUGGCAACCACCACCCAGACUGCGCAUCUCCAUCUUAUGAAGGUCCUUUGACACCCCCUCUGAGCAUCAGUGGGAAUUUUUCCCUCAAGCAAGAUGGGUCUCCUGAUCUGGAAAAAUCAUAUAGCUUCAUGGCACACUAUCCUUCCGUUACCCUGGGCAAUACUCAUGGGCACAGCUCUCAUUUCUCAACCACAGUGCCCAGAUAUGACAUCCCCAUAGAUAUGACCUAUGACUCUUAUCCUCACCAUGUUGUGGGGGCUCAGCUCAAUGCAAUAUUCAGUGAAUAACCCAAGAAGUUAAAAUGUGCUCCAGGAUUUAAAAAAGGCAUCUGAUGCUUCACAGAGAUGGUGUGACAUCUGUAGCAUUAAUACGGGGAAAAUGGACUUGUUCUGCUCCUUACAAUGAUAAGUAUCACAUUACUUUCAUGGGAAGCCCUUUGGGAAGAAGGGGAGAGCCAAAUUUAGCAUACCUCCAUCCAUGUAAUCCCAAAUAUUAUUUUAGUGGUUCUAAAUUAAUAGACUUUUAGGCUGGUUCCCACUUGUAAAGAGCAUCUCAAAAUGUCCUUCUUAGAGUCAUUUAGGAUGAAGGAAGACAAUAACUGUUAUAUAGCAUUUGUGUGAUGGUUAUAAGCACCCUUGUUACAUAUAAUGCAAACAUAUAUUUUCCUCACCAGGAUCAAGCUAGCUAACUUU